AUGGAUCGGAUUCUAGUCAUACAAAUGCUUCAUAAUAAGGCCAUGGAGCAAAGGAUAAGGGCGGAAUGCGAUGUUGUCUUUGCAGAAGAAAUGGGAUUUCGUGAACUUAUUAGUUUAGAAGAAGAGUUUAAAUGGGAAGAGAUGAUCAGUUGGACUGAGAUGGAGUUAUAUCAGCUGAAGUUGGCUCUGGAUGAGCAAGAAAUGCUAAAUCACUUUCGCUCCACUGUAAUAGGCUCCUUCGGUCUUGACAAGCUGGUGGAAAAAGGAAAAUCACUGCAUUUCUCAAUAAUGGCACUGCAAAAUCGGUUGAAUCGAGCGGAGGAAGCGUUGAAGAUAUCCAAUUCCGGGCCUACUGGGGUUGUUCAAGAGAAACUGCGGAACUGGAACGCGGAAAGGGAGGUCCUUGAUCUCCAGAUGGAACAGCUGCGCCUCCGAAUAGCAAGGUUGAAUCAGGGACCUGAUGCUGUGGCGCCAACCACGUCGCUAAGAAGCGGGGUGGUGGGCUCAACUAGAAACCGGACGGAAGUUCCUACUGAGGGUAUUCCUCUGUCGUAUUUAACGGAAAGAACAAGGGAAGUCCUUUCCCGGGCCCGGGAUAUAAUAUCGUAA